UCUUCUUCUUCUUCUUCAGGGUUUUAGGGUUUUAUAGAGAACAAACUGAGAGUCGAUUCCGGACUUUUUUCACUGUGGAAAAUCAUGAGUCUAAUCGCGGGUUCAUACGAGCGUUUCAUAUGGGGGUUCAAACUGAAAUCUCCAAAGGAUAUUCAAAGCCUUGAUCUAAUUCCCCUUUUCUCCUUCCCUUCCCACCUCUCCACCAUCAAAUGCGCUGACGUUUCUGGCUCUGCCGCCGUCUCUGGGGGCUCCGAUGACACCAUUAAAAUCUACGACCUCUCCACUUGCUCCGAAAUCGGCUCCCUCCACGAAUCUGCCACCAUCAAUUCCCUCGCAUUCUACACCCCUGCGUCCCUCUCCUUCCCGCGCAACCUUAUCUCCGCUGCUGACGACGGCUCAGUCUCCAUCUACGACGCCGAUCCCUUUGUUCACCUUAAAACUGUGAAAGUCCACCGAAAAGGCAUUAAUUCCCUUUCUAUCCACCACUCAGGGCGGCUGGCGUUGUCGGUGGGCCGAGAUGAAUGCUUAGCUAUGGUUAAUUUGGUUAGAGGGAGGAGGAGUUUUUACUGCAGGUUGGGCAAAGAAGCCUCUAUCGUGAAAUUUAGCGAAACUGGCGAAACGUUCUACAUGGUUAUGGAUGAAAAAGUUUCAAUACACGAGUCUGAGGAUGCAAGAAUAGUUUUGGAAUUCAAUAAUGCAAAGCGAGUUCUCUGUGUUGCCUCAGGAAAGGGUGGUAUAUUGUUUACCGGAGGAGAGGACAGGAAUAUUACGGCAUGGGACACAAAAAGUGGAAAAGUUGCAUACAGCAUUGAUGAUGCACAUUCAGCCCGUGUUAAAGGCAUUGUUGUACUCUCCGACAAUGAUGAAGAGUAUCCAUAUUUAGUAGCAUCUGCAUCAUCAGAUGGCAACAUACGUGUCUGGGAUCUUCGCAUGGGAGGGAAGGAGAAAUCAAAUCCACUGGCAGUGGCCAAUACGAAAUCCAGGCUGACUUGUCUGGCUGGAUCAUCCAUCAAAUCUAUUCAAAGACCUCAGAUGGGAAAUUCUGCUUCAAAUGAACAAGAAGAUGGAGCAGCAGAGUGAUACUCUCAUACUCACACCAACAUUUGCUGAGAAUGCCUGAUUGAAUUGCACAAUUGCCUCUCUCCCUCUCUUCUCGUACUUCUCUAAUCCCCUUCCUGUUUUUUGUCGAAGCAUUACACCAGAUUUUGUUAUUUGUGUAGGCUGUCUUCUUAUUUUAAAUAUAUACAUGUUGGUAUGUACUUUUGCAGCUAUUACAAGCUUUCUUCUAGUACUAGUAUUCAUUCACCCCCUCUGCUUAAGAUCCAUAUCCGUAUCUUCUUGUAAGAGUUAAAUUUAGAUUACAAUUGCAAUGUUUUACAGAUUCUGAUCCUAAGUGGACGAUAAGAAUUAUUCAAUACUGAGUAUAUAAAUUUGUUGAUAA